AUGGACCUGCUUAUGGAUGCACCUGAGGUGAUUACCUGUCGGUGGGCCGCUACUGCGUUCCUGAGACGAAUAGGAAAAUCAGCAAAGUCGCAUGGCAUAUCUUCAGCAGUUGCGUUCGAUCUCCAAUAUGGAAAUCUCAGCAAGAGGUCGAUGAUGCGUCCCAGCAGCGAUGUCGUUGUCGCCGUCAAUGCCCCUGCUGGAAACGCGGCUCCGUGUACGUGGAGGCAGCACAGCCGUGCAUACCAACUACCCACACCAUCACUGUACAUCCAAAUUUCUGCCUUAUCCGGUGCCAACUACCCUGCUAGCUAUGUAUCGGCGGCGUUGGUGAAGAUCGGGACGUGGGGCAGCGGCGACCACGGGAGCGCCUACGACAUCACGGUGGCGCCGCAGCGGCUGGAGAGCAUCUCCCUCCGUUAUGGCAAGAUCAUCGACUCCAUCUCCUUCUCCUACCGGGACCGGGACGGCAAGCUGCAUACCGCCGGGCCCUGGGGCGGCACCGGAGGCGUGAGCGACGAGGUGAUCACCCUGGGCCCUCACGAGUACGUGACGAAGGUGGCCGGCUCGGUCGGCCCCAUCGGGGAGCUCACCCACACCAUCACCUCGCUCACGUUCGUCACCAACCGCGCCACGUACGGGCCCUUCGGCCGCGGCGAUGGCACGGCCUUCAACGUCCCCGUGCUCAACAACGGCAGCGUCGUCGGCAUGUUCGCUCGCGCGGACCAGUACCUCGACGCCAUUGGCUUCUACGUCCUCCCCUUCUGA